AUGACAAGAGAAACGAAAUUUGAACCCGAACAAUUCGUAUUCCUUAACACAGACUCACAGGCAUAUAUUUCGCUUAAACGAAGGCGCGAAGUGAAUAUAGAACUAACCAUCAAACGAAAUAUUACAAAGCUGAGAGAGAGGGGGGAGAGAGAGGGGAGAGAGAGAGAGAGAGAGAGAGAGAGGGAGAUACCAGAGACGAAGAGAUUGGUGGAGGGUUCAGCCGGAGGAGCCUUGUCGACUGUAGCCUUGGGCAGAUCAAAGGGGAAACUUGAGAAAGAAGAGUACAAGCCCCUUAAUCCCCUUCCCAUACGCAAAUUGGCAGAAAUCGCCGCCGCCGUCGCCGCCGCUCUCAUCGCCAUUUCUAGGUUUCUUCAGCUGGCGUCGGUGGUGGCAAGAGCAACAAAUUCUGACCAAGUCCCCACUCCUCCUCCUUCACUUGUCUGCCUUGGCAGCAGUGGCGGCAGCCUGACCUCGGAGACGACCUGUCCUCCUGGCGGCAAUGAGACCCACCUUCUGCCCUGGCGGCGCAUCACGGCGCACAGUGCUGGCAUGGCCAAUGUGCUGGUGGUUACCACCACCAUGAGGAUGCUCAACAGGGCAUUUCCGGCUUUCAGCAUCGGCUUCUCAGUACGCCCACCGCCGGCAACUUGGCCAACCAUGGCACGGCAGCCGCUGGGCACUAUUUUCUUUGCUCCUGAUGGGAGCUUCACCCUGCACACACCAAAGAAUAAUACAAGUCGGACACCAAAGAAUAAGACAAGUCGGGACAGAUUACCUAGUAGUGUCAUUAUCGGGGUUGUGGGAGAUAACAAUAGCGUAAUCACCAGAAGCCCUAGCGAAAACUCCACGAUCACCCACAUGAUGCUCGACGUUGCAGACGACGGCACCCUCGGGAAUAGAUCUGAGCGGCAGGACAUUUCCAACGACUAA